GUUUUGAAUAUAAAGGUGCAAAACGGCAACGGCUCUCAUACCACAUGGGAGUAUGACGAGUCAAGCCGCGAGCUUCUCCUCAAGACAACGCAGCGGGAUCGCGACGCCAAGACCAUUGAGUGUCUGAGAUAUAUCUAUGACGUUGGAGGACGUAUUAGCUUCAAAGGCAAUCUCGCGCACGAGGACGUUUUCUUCCGAAACAGGAGAAUCGACUCUUCAAAUAAUUAUCUCUACGAUAGCUUUGGCCGCCUCAGAAGAGCUACUGGCCGGGAGAUGGUCAAUACGGAUGUUUCAGGCCCUUCGAUUUCAUCACCAAUGUCAAUAGCGCUUGCUACUGGGAGUGGGCUACGUUCCAGCAACUUCAACAACGAAAAGCUCACGAGGUAUGCAGAGACUUAUAACUACGAUAUAUGUAACAACAUUCUCAAAAUCUGCCACACGACAGAAGAUAAAAGAUCAGCCAACUGGGUUAGGGAGUACGAAUACUCUGAUCUAGAAGCAAACAAUAGAUUGGCUAGAACAAAGGUACAAGGAAGAUGGGAGCACUACACAUAUGACAAGGCGGGCUGUAUGACAUCUAUGUCAGGCUACUCAAACGUUGGAUGGGAUGCUUUUCAACGCCUCAAGUCUAGCGCACGCCAACGCAUUAAACAGAGUAAAGACAGUAUGACUAGCUCUGACAAUCAAUCUCUUUCAGAGAUAACGUGGUUUGUUUACAACAGCGAUGGAACACGAGUUCGAAAGGUGACGGAUCAAUCGACUGCUCCUCAAAGCCAGAAUCCAAAACGGUUCAAGGAGACGCUGUACCUAUACUCUUGUGAUAUCUAUCGCAAGUACCACAACCUCGGAGACGGCUCUCUCAAACCAAAAGUCGAGACCUACACGAGUCUGGUCAAGGAACACUAA